UCCGCCAGGAUGGCAUCCUUCCUGGCCCUGCGCGUGGCUCUUCUGCUCAUCUCUGGGGUCCUGGCCCCUGCGGUGCUCACAGCCGAGGGUCCGCAGGAGCCUGAUCCCACACUGUGGAACGAACCCGCCGAGCUGCCGUCGGGAGAAGGCCCCAUUGAGAGUACCAGCCCUGGCCAGCAGCCUGCAGCCACCGCUGCACAGUCUCCCACCUCUGUGCCCGGCCCAGAGGACAGCACGGCGCGGGAGCGGCUGGACCACGGCGGCGGCUCGCUGGGGCCCGGUGCCAUCGCAGCCAUCGUGAUCGCCGCCCUGCUGGCCACCUGCGUGGUGCUGGCGCUAGUGGUCGUCGCGCUGAGAAAGUUUUCCACCUCCUGA